UAACGAAUUUAUUCAUUCUAAAAAUCUCCCAACCUUCCAAUUUCUUGCACAAACCUUGAAUUCAAUUGUAUUUCUAGACAACUCAUACAUAUGGCUAUGUCUCCUACUGCAGCCCUUGCUGCUCAAUUUCCCUCUUCGUCUUCAUUCGUCUCGUGUAAGAGACAUCCGAACUCCAAUAUUGUUAAUUUUCCAAAUUUGUUAAGUCACACUGGGAAGGUUAGAAGAUCUCUAAGUGUGCAUGGUUUAUUUGGUGGGAAGAAGGAUAACAAUGACAAGGGUGAUGAAGGUAACAAGCCAGGAUUUAUGGGAAAUAUGCAAAAUUUAUACGAAACAGUAAAGAAGGCGCAGAUGGUUGUCCAAGUUGAGGCAGUACGAGUGCAAAAAGAACUUGCUGCAGCUGAAUUCGAUGGCUAUUGUCAAGAUGAGCUUAUAAAGGCAACACUCUCUGGAAAUCAACAACCUGUCCGUAUUGAGAUCACGGAUGCUGCAAUGGAGUUGGGAGCUGAGAAACUCUCUCUUCUUGUGACGGAGGCAUACAAGGAUGCACACCAGAAGAGCGUUGAGGCCAUGAAAGAAAGAAUGAGCAAUCUAGCUCAGAGCUUAGGAAUGCCAGGAGGAAUGCCACAGGGUUUAGGAGACAGUCUCAAGUAAAAUUUGGGGAUGAUGGAUUUAACAGAGUUUUCAAUUUUGUAAACACAAUAAUAGUUGGUUCUACCCAUUUUAAUGUUAUACUUGUACUCCAAUAUAAGGAUCCUUUUCUCUUUA